CCCCCCCCCCCCGCGUUCCUGGCGCGGAAGCCUAGCGCACACCAUCGCUUUCGCUUUUGUCUGCGAAAGCACAACCGUCGCUCUCUUCGCCCGCACACGCGCCGCCGAACACGCCUCCAGCCUCCUUCCACUUCGAAGGAAUUCUUUGAUCGUCUUCGUCGUGGUUCUCCUGCUCCCCUCUACUGGUAUUGGACUGGCGUGGAGCGGAGAUCCAUCAAGACUCGGGGCCAUUCACUGGAAUUGGAGGAUAGGACUACAUUAGGUUUGAGGGUCGGCUUUUUAAGCAUACCUGCAGUAGACCGAUGACUCCAAAAUGGAGUGAGUGCCCUUCAAAUAGUCACAGAGAACUAUCUUUGCAUGAAAAUGAAAAUAAGGAUGGCAAUGUUUAUAAAAGGAGAAAGAUGGAUAAAGAUUCAAAUUCCCUUGUAGCAGAUGAAGAAGUUAAAGAACUGACAAUUCAAAGUUGCACUACCUCUGAAGAUCACUCUUCACUACUGCUCCCUGUUAUGAAUCCCUCAUAUCCAGUAUUUUCAAAUUUGAUGGCAGGUAAGAUAGACCCUGUCGUAGAGCUUGAAGAGCCUGCUGGAGUUUCAUUGGAGCCAAAUUCUGGUGUGAACGAAAGAUGUUCAGUGUCAAGUAUGCCACCAUCUUCCGUGAUACUAGACAAAAAGGAUGCUUCUGUAUGGUCCUCAUCAAAUAUACGCCCUACAGAACCGAUAAGGGAGCUCACAUCAGCAAGGGAUCUAUGCAUUGCUAUACUGAGAAAAGAUGGACUCAUAACUGAGUCACAAACUAGAAUCAUUUUAGAGGAAUCCACUGAUUGUAAUGCCAACCACUUGGUGACAUGCAAUACUUGUGGAAGCUUGGAUGUUCCACUAAAGAUGCUUAUAUGUGAUUCUUGUGAAGCAGCAUUCCAUUUGCCUUGUUGCAUCCCUUGUAUUAAGGUGGUACCAGCUGGUGAAUGGUAUUGUCAGCCAUGCUUGAAGAAGAAACCUAAGAGUCUUUAUGGUCAACUGUUAGAGGGCAAGGUCAAGUCUUCCGGGAAUAUGGACCAAAGGCCUCAUGGCAUGAGUCAUACAGAGUACAUGUUCAACGAUGCUGAAUCAUACGUUACUGGGGUUCGACUUGGUGGAGAUUUCCAAGCUGAAGUGCCAGAAUGGUCUGGUCCCAUUUCCAGUAGCGAUGGUUAUUUCACAGCGCCCUCUGAAUUUGAUCCUGCUGAACUCAUGAAACUGAAUUUCUGUUCAAAGAAUAAUCACAACAAAUCUUCAAGUUCAACUGGUAAUUGGGUACAAUGCCGUGAGGUCUUGAGCACAGGAGAUCCUAACAAGCCAGUAAUCUGUGGCAAGUGGAGAAGGGCACCCCUAUAUGUUGGUCAGUCAGAUGAUUGGGAUUGUUUUUGUUGUCUUCUCUGGGAUCCAGCUCAUGCUGAUUGUGCUGUUCCACAGGAGUUGGAUACAGAUGAAGUCUUAAAGCAGCUGAAGUAUGUAAAUGCGGUGAAGAAUCGGCUGGCUGACCGUAAGCAUAAGCCUGCUUAAAUGCAAGGAUGGCACAGUUGUGAAAUACCUCACAAAGGAUGUCAUGUGGUGAGCCAUCUGGUCAACACAAUCUGUUGGCGACUCUUCAUUUAAUUGACCAUAGUCGUCCUCCCCCCUUUCAGUUGCCAACAUAGGUUUUGAUCCAAAAGAAUUUUACAACAUGGUAACGCAGUUUUCACAGCAGUGAGCCAUCUGUUGUCAACACAAUCUGUUGGUGACUCUUCAUUUAAUUGACCAUAGUCGUCCUCCCCCCUUUCAGUUGCCAACAUAGGUUUUGAUCCAAAAGAAUUUUACAACAUGGUAACGCAGUUUUCACAGCAGUGUACCGCUACUGAUUUCAGCCGUCACUGCCAAACAAUCUGCACCCAGUUUUGUUCGAUUUGACUUUUGGAUGAGAGGGAACCAGCUAGCUAUGAUUGUCAUUCUACAAAUUUAUUUGAUGUUUGUAUCUUAAGAGGGGACCAAGUUGGAUUCCAUUUUGUAAUGCAUGUUAGUCAUGUGUUUGCAGAAUCUGUAGAUACUGAGUUCGACCGUGCCCCAAAGAACUGACAUUCUGCAUCGGCAGUCAACUUUUUGUACAAAUGAAAUGAUCAUUACAUCAGAGUUGAUAUCUUCUA